AUGGUGAAGCAAGGAAUCCAGAUUUACGCCAGAGGAAAGCCGACGAAGCAAAAGACAGGGGUAACUUAGCUUGUACUGAUAAUAAUAAUAAUGGCCGCCAGUUACAUGUACAUGUUGAUUCAUUUUAAGCAAGAUUUGAUAAUUUGUUGCCAUUAUUUUUUGAUAAGCCUAUUUAUACAAAAUGAAAAAAGGAAUGAACUGUCCAGGUAAUUUGUAAGGAAAUCUGAAAUUAUCCAAAUUAGAAAAUAAAAUUUACAACAGGUUAAAACACGUUGUAGGUGGAUUUUUGGUACGGUACUAAUUAUAAGCUUACCCCCGGCUUUUCACAACGAGAUCCCUUUAUUAUUUAUACAUAAAAGAAAUAAUUCUUGAAAAAGUGUAUUGUGCAAGCCAUUCGUGAAGGGUUAUAAAUUACCCUUUUAACUUUGAAACUAUCACAAUUUGUGUUUAAAAAAAUUUACGGAUUUUACAGAAUCGUUUUUCUCUGAAUGUUCUUCAGUUAUUUAGGUUAGUUUAUUUGAUUCUUGACUAAUUUGGUUUAAACAAAAUUCUCUUUGUUGCCCCAAACAUCUGGUUUUUCUCUGAUUUUAAUGGAUCACUUCCUGUAAACCCACUGAAGUGAAAUUUAACCAGCAGACAUCACCUGACUUGUCGUUUAGGUCUUUGAAAUAUUAAUUCUUUUUUAAGGAACUAAUAGAUUGCUUUCUGCUUUUAAGCUUUAUGAAAUUUUCGAAGAUGAGGGUGGAAAUUCUUCUAUUUCCUUCACUGUUCCUAAAGAUCUAGCUGAUGGCUAUAUCAACAACAAGAGAGAAGUUUAUAAAUUUAGGUUUGUAGUUAAUUUAUAUAAGGAAUUGGUUGCUGAUCUACCUGUUGAGUAAGUGAUAUUUAAAACAAACACAAAUCAAUUUGAUACAGUGCUGUGGGAACAAGACUAAAAGGUGCUAUAUAGUGAUAUUUUGGGGAGUGUUACAUGUAUGAGCAAAAUACAAAAAAUAAAAGCCUUAAGAAAGAAGGCUCAAAAUAGGGGUACCCAAAAUUGUGUUUGAAUGACUCUCCUGGCUAAAAUUACUAGACUCUAGGUGUCAUUUUCCAGUUUCUGCAAACAGCUUCAUGUAAGUAAAUUUAUUGCAGCAAAUGACUUUGACAAGAGCUACUGAAUUAACCCUUUAACUUCUGGAUCAAUUUUUUAAUUCUCCUUGCUGUGAACCAUACAAUUCUUAUAGUGUUAGUUCAGAGAAUUUAAUAUUGGAUCAACCAAUUAUCCACAAAUUAAUGUUUUUCUUUAUUCUCAUCACUUAUCUGGUUGAUAUUUUAUUGAUAAUGUAAGGAGAAAUUCUGUCUUGGUCACUCAUGGGAGUUAAAGGGUUAAAAGAAAUCAUCAGCAAAAACAUCCUUUGUCAGUUCAUUAGUGCAUGGGCAUUUAAAGGGUUGCUACAUGCGAGUACCUUAUGGCACUGUUGGAUGGCAAAGAGAUUUAUGUCUGUGAGAAAACCAAGACAGAAAAGGCAAUGAGAGGCUUUAUAAACGUUAAGUUUGAAGUGAGGUUCCAACUUCAUACCCUUUUAUUGCCUUCAUUGCCUUUCUGGUUUUUGUUUUUUCACUGGGUACAAUUUUUCACAGCCCAUGUAUUACUUAGACACAAAUUUUAUGUGUCAAGGGGUUAAGUUUCUGGAUCAAUAUCAGUAUCUGGGCAACUGCCCACCUACCCCUCCCCUAACUCAACAACAGUCAAUUGACAACAAGUUAAGGUUAAUGUUGGGUUGGGGGAGGGGUAGGUGGGCAGUUGCCCAGGUACUGAUAUUGAUCCAAGUUUCCAAGUAAACUGUUGCCGCAUCGGUGGGAGAGUAUAACAGGGUAAUUUAGUAUUAUUAAAUGAGUUUAUAACAUAAAUAUUGGCCACUGUUAAGAGUUUUAAAGCUGAUGUUUUUGAGUGUUAGCCCUUUAUAAUAGCAAAUUGAAAUGAUUUGCUCUGACAAAGGGCUAAUGCUGGAAAUGUCAGCUUUGAAACUCUUUAUGGUGGCCAAUAUUUAUGUUAUCAACUCAGUUGAUGAUACUAAAUUACCCUCACCCCUGUUAUAAAUUUUAUGUGGUCAACUGCUUUGAAAAUGAGGGCUUUUUUUAGAGGAAAAAAAACAAAACAAAAAUUACAGUACAUUGUUCAAUAUCAUUAUUAAGAGUUUCAAAGAGAUUGUCAUAGUUGACCUUAUUGUUAGUAUUGCUCUGCAAUAUUCUACGUUGUUGGUAUUUAAGUUACUCAUGUAAUUUCAUAAACUUUUGUUUCUGUUCAAAAUAAAUGUAAUAGGUUCAAUAAAGUGUUUGAUCAAGACUGCAAGCAAGAUGAGGUUUUUGAAGAAGUUGCACAAGGAGUUAUAGACAAGUAAGUAUACUGUGUAUAUAAUUGGAUUGUGUCUCAGUCUUAAUCCUUUAAACCCUAGGAGUGACUAGCAUCAAAUUUCUCCCUACAAUAUCAACCCUGAAUCACAUGUUGAGGUCAUGAGAAUAAAGAAAAUGAUCACCAAUGAAAGAAGUAUCUGAUUGGUGAACAAAUUCUCCUUGUCAGCACCUUAGGAAAUAUAUAAAGAGCAGUAUGGAGAAUAUGCAUACUGAUUUUAGGGUUUUAAGGGUUAAAGUUGAUUAUGCUGAAUAUCUCUGCUUAAUGUUCAUUUGAACAGAGUAAGAGAAAACUACAGUCAUGCAGGCUGAAAUUUUUGUUCUUUUGUGAAUGAAAGUGCAUUGUCAAGAAUAUUGCUGAGUCAAAUAAAAAUCACAGGCUGUUUGUAAUAUAAAGGCACUCAUAUCUUAAUAUUUAGAUUGUUACGAGGAGUACAAUUAGUUGUACAAUGUAUGAUGCUCCAACUGAGAGUGAAUAUCUUAUUUCUGAGUUGCUGUUGGCUCAUUUUCUUUCAGUGUCUUGACUGGUUACAAUGGAACAAUCUUUGCAUAUGGUCAGGUACAUGAACACAGGCCCACAAAUAUUACAGUAUCUUUGCCAUCCUUAUGGUCUAUUAUUAGCCACCUAAAGUAUUUGAAAUGUGCUAUGUACUAAGUGCAUGAUUGUGUUCAAGAUACUAUGAUAAUCAUGCUCUUUUCCAUAAGCUCUAUGCAUAUGUGCGAGGUGUGGCUGUGCUUUUGCAGUGUGCUAAAUGUUACGUAAACUAAACAGUUACUGUUUAUCUUGCAUGUAGACAGGAUCGGGUAAGACGUUUACGAUCACAGGAGGUGCUGAGCGUUACGUUGAUAGAGGAUUAAUUCCAAGAUCACUUUCUUACAUCUUUGAGUAUUUUGAGAAGGUUGGUAACUUUGUUUGUUGUUUGGUAAUGUCAUCAAUGUUAAAUAUUGAUAAUUCUUCAUGGUAACUUCCUCUUUAUCAUAUUAAAAUAGUCUUUGAGUUUUUAAUUUUCCGUACUAAAUUACCAUGCACACUUUUUGCAUUUUAUCUGGGAUUUGUUGCAUGUGCUCCUUUAGCCUAUAAGAAUGCAAAAUUGUCAUGUUGUGUACUAUUAACAAUGCAAGCUAUCCAUUAUGUAAUAGGCUUUUUUUUUCUAAAUUUUGUCACCAGCAUCCAGGCACAGUGUUCACUGCUCAUAUAUCUUAUCUUGAGAUCUACAAUGAAAAUGGGUAUGAUCUUUUGGACCCCAAACAUGAGGCUUGCAAGCUGGAAGAUUUACCGUGAGUGAGAGCCUAUUAUUUCAAAAUUAUGCAAAUUUAGUAUACAACUUCUUGGCCAUUUGUAACAGCUGGCUGAUUUCUGAAUGGUUUCAAGGGUUUUGGCAACUUUUUAAAGUGAUGGAAAUUUUGGAAAAACUGUUAAGAUGAUUUUGUGAUUAAAAAAAGCCAAUAUUAGUUACCUUUAGUACUUCUUUUAGGGUAAAUAAACUAACAAAAUUUUUUUUUUUACUUAUUACUAAGUAUGAAAAUAAUCUUAUAAUUUUAGUUCAAUUGAGAAUAUGGUAUUAAAUCAAACACUUUCCUCCAGUUGAUGUUUUUUUUUAAUUCUUGGCAUCUUUCUGCUCGGAAAUUUAUUGAUAAUGCAAGGAGAAAUUCAUUUCUGGUCAAUCUUGGGUCUGUGAACAUGGUUAACUGACAGGCUUUCUUCUCCUCCACAGCAAAGUAAACUUAUUUGAAGACAGUGACAAUAAUGUCCAUCUCAAGAAUCUUUCCCUACACCAAGCAAGCAAUGAAGAGGAAGGUGAGAUGAGGUGUUUAGAUGCAGUUUUCACCAUUAAGUAGGAAGCUUCCUGUAAACUGAUGUGAGAAGUUACUGGAGAACGAUGGCAGUGUGUACAAUGCGUCAGUGACUAACCUGUAUACACGGAAAAUGGAGCUCAAUCAAGUUGUUAGUGCCUAAAGUGCCGCAGAUGGGCAACCAUGUUGAAGAAUUGCAUGAUUUUCAGCAUACAUUUAGUUCUGAGCGAACUGCCUUGUGUGUCUUAACUGUAUUUAUUUAGUGACUGAUUCUAUUUUUGCUCUUUUUAGCUCUCAAUUUGUUGUUUCUUGGGGACACAAACAGGAUGAUAGCCGAGGUGAGUUACUGUAUUGUGAGGCAAUAUUUUUAAUAAGAGAACAUGCGCACGUGGUAUUAGCCCGUUUUAAAGAUUCUCCAGUUUUCUUAAACCUAUAGAUAUCUUUAACAACGUGCACAAGAAUUAUUAGAGCAUCUGAUAAGUUAGAUCCUUGGUUCUGGAAAAAAGCGCUGUUCGUCCCCUAAUUAUCUCUUAUCCCGCAUUUCUGACCUCUAUUCCCGGCCCGCACCUUUGAUCACUAAUCCCGUACACCUUGUUACGAACUUGUAAUACGAUUGAGGUAUAAAAUCGUCCCUCUUUACAAACUUUUUACCAUUAUAACUGAAUGAGAGCAACAGCAUUUCCCGAUUGUGUAACCUUUUCUUCUGAUCAUUUUCGUAUUUUGGUUAUUUCUUAUUUCGAUUGUAAACCUUUUAACACUACAGACACCAAUGAAUCAAGCGUCUACCAGAUCACAUUGUAUUUUCACCAUCCAUAUCUCCACCCGUGAUCCAGGAUCAGCGACCAUCAGACGAGCCAAGCUUCACUUGGUUGACCUUGCAGGGUAAACAGACGAUAAGAAACGUUAUUGCACGCAGCUGUAGUUCUGAAACAUUUCAAGAAACUGGCGGAGCUCUCUUUGUGUGUUUAUUUAUUUAACUAUUGUUUUGUACGUAUAGGUCUGAGAGAGUUGGCAAGACCAAUGUCGGAGGAACCUUGCUAACAGAAGCCAAGUAUAUAAAUUUGUCACUUCACUACCUUGAACAGGUGAAUGCAUCACGCAAUUUUGAAAAUAAGGGGAUGUAUGAGUUAACGAACGAACAUGGAAAGGAUGUAACAUAGAGAGAGUGAAACAAACAAACGAUCACUUAAGCGAACGAUAGAACGAAAGAUCGCAUGACGCAGUUCAAACAAAAGAACGAAUGAUCGGAUGGACUAACAGAUGAAUGAAGAAACGAACUCACAGACUUCAAAAUUAUCUUUAUUUCAAUAAUCUGUUGUCUUCCCAGGUGAUAGUGGCGUUAUCAGAGAAGUCAAGAAGCCACAUCCCAUACAGAAACUCGAUGAUGACGUCAGUCCUCAGAGACAGGUGAACAUAUUUUGAAAACAUUCAAGUCGCUGUUAAGGUAGCUGGUGUCAGUCCCGGCGGAGUCAGACCCCCGGUCCAACUCCGCUAGCGGACAUGGACCCCCCAGUCCAAAGUAAGGUGGCAGAUGUGAACCCCCACUCGCUGAUUUGGACUCUCCCCCCCCCCCCCUUACAAAAUUGUUUUUUCAGUUUCCUCCCCAUCAUGAAUCUGGUGUUGCAUUAGUUCCUCUAUGAGAUCCCAUGGUAUUUUUAAGUCAAAUUUGGUGCUUAUGUUUAUUUGUUGCUUCCAUUGCAGUCUCGGAGGGAAUUGCAUGACGUCCAUGAUAGCAACUUGCUCCCUUGAUAGGAAAAACUUGGAUGUAAGUUGCAUUAUUAUCAUCGUUACCGUUAAAUAUCUCUCGUCUACAGCUUUACGAGAGCUUGACGAGUGCGUGAAUUUCCAUCGUCUGGAAGCGUGAUCGCAUCGGUGCUGCACGAGCUAUCAAAGAGACAAAGCAACCAUUUGUUGUCUUUCUAAUUAUUUCAUCUGACUGUCAUAUUUAUUCCGUACAUUGUGGAGGUAUUCUUAGACACUGAAUGAUGUAAGACUUAGAGAUUUCAUCUGUAGUGUAGAGAUGAAGAAAGAAUUGAGGGCACUUUCUUUUUUGUUCGAUAGGAAUCCAUUUCAACUUGUAGAUUUGCGCAGCGAGUGGCCAUGAUCAAGAAUGAUGUACUGCUCAACGAGGAGAUUGAUCCUAAACUGGUCAGUGAAAUUAAUUGUUUUUUUAUAGAAGAAAAUAGUGGCUCAUUGGAUUGAAAGAAAUUUGUUUUGCUGUGACUUUUAUUCCUUCGAACUUUGGCGUGUAUCGGGUCCAUCAGUAUUUUUUUGUGCUGUUUGUAAGAAAUGCGAAAUGCAAACGUGGUUGAAAAUAUGCAAUGUCUGACUUAAAGUAAUUGCGAGAGUCAAAAAGAAAAUUCGGAAUCAGUUCGGUUUUAGCUCACUACGCUUUGUAUUUUUGGCCAGGAACCCCCCCAACUCCCUCUGAACCAAUUAGUUGCAAAACUCAUAGAUUUUCGUCUAUCAGGCUCUUCUGUGCUCGAUCGAUGUGCUUAGGAGUAUUUACUCUGGGUUCUCAAACAAAGCUCCAUUCGAUUGUUUUUUCCCUUUUUUUUGUUGAGCGGCUGUUGUGACUAAUUGGGGUGAGAUUUUACGUUCGUCAAUCGAAAAGCGCUCCAUGUAAACAAUAUCGAUCUUUGUUUGUUUUGUUAUCGUACUAUAGUUGAUUGCUCAACUCAAGGCGGAAGUGCAGAGACUCAAAGAUGAACUUGCGAUGUCCACAGGACAAGAAUACACUGGCGAGCUAACGGAAGAUGAAUUGGAUAGGUGCCGUUUGUAUUUUUGUUCUCAAGUCAUCAUUUAGGCUUGCGUUUAUUCACGUUCCAAGUGGUGGAUAUGAUCUAAUGAAGUUAGCAAAUUGUUUCCCUUUAGACUGCGCAGAAUGGUGAAAAGUUACAUCGAAGAUUCUGAUCCGGAAUCAUCCCUCAGUGUUGGAGCUGACAUGAGAAAGAUCAACUACUGCUUCCAGCUACUCAAAGUAAGUCAUCAAAGAGUCUUGUGAGCUCAGUCUUAAAUUUUAGUAGAGCCAUAAUAUUUUUACCCCGUUUGCAGUUUGUGAUUUGUGUGGACCAUUUGAUCGGUUUAUCAAAAGCGGUAGAUAGAACGAAGGAACAUUAGGAUAGUUCCUCUGUACCGAACGCCUUGCACAAUAUUUGUUCUUUUAUACUUUGAUUUCUUCCUGCAGAAUCACGUGUUGGAGAAGAGCAAGAAAACCCAUCUCCUCCCCCACAGAGGUAAAGUUUUCUCAGUAUGUUUCAGGUUUCCUAAGCAGUUGCGAACGUUCAGUUCCUGAACGUUGUAUGAUGGCCUGUUGAUCAGUGUUCUCGAUUGGAGUGAACUGGUACCAAGCCGAGCUUUCGGUGGCUCGAGUGCUAGUCGGGGAGUUAUGUUGUGUUCUUAGGCAAGACAAUUUACACUCACAUGCCUUCCCAAAAAACCGCCAGCUCUGUGAGCCUUGGUAGUUUCUAACCUCAGCGCGGUUUAGUGAGUAGAAUCAUGCUUUCUUUGUCUUUCGCUCUCUCACUUGUAGGACUCCAGCAAUUGAUGGCGUCCUCGACAGCAGUUACUUAGGCAACCAUACUGAAGUGAACAAGCUUAAGGAGCUCAUUCGACAGCGAGAUAACGAGAUCAAUAUCCUUUAUCAUCGGUUUGAAAAGAGGUAUUGGUAUAACAGCUGGUUAUGUUGUGGCUGUAUGAACUGGCUCACACGUGGCUAUGUCUUGUUAGGCUCCUAAAGGAGUGCUCUACGAUGUUUAUUGAGUUCGGUUCUGCAAGGCGCAAAAUUUGCUCUUAAUUUAUUGAGAUUUCAUGAAAUGGUAGUUCGAAAAGAUAGAACAUGUUUACGAGUAAACUGUGGAGACAUGUCUAAUGUUGUAUUGUUUUAUGGGGACUAUCCGCUGUUUGUUUGUGUUUGUUUGUGUUCCUUGUUUCAACUGGCAAAUCUUUAAUGUUGCAAACAGUUGGCGAUGAGUGCGAAAAAGUUCUGCUUUACCCUUUGAAUUUCUGUUCAUCAGUUGAUAAAUAUGCACAGGCUUGCUUAGGUGAUCAAAAAAAUUUCGCCUUAGGUACAUUAUCAGGUAAACAAGGGAUGGGAAUAGAUAUAAUUAGUAAUUACUGUUACAUAUAGUGUGUAGGGCAAUACAAACGAUACUUAGCGCUAAUAAUAUGAAUUAUUUUAUUGAAAACUUAAACGCUUAACAAAAGACUAGAAUUCUGCUCUACUUUAACCUGUGAUAACCACAUAACCUUCCAUUUACUUUCGAUCUCUAAGAGCGAUAAACGUUAACCAUUGCAAUUCACAAUUUUUAAACACAAGUUUUACUUUAAUGUAACCUAAAACGUAACAGUGGACAAUAAACUUCUAAUCAAGUAAUUAAAACGGUUCCUUGCGUGGUAGCGACAUCAGUAAAGUGUUAUGCCCUUGAUCGAAUUCUUGAAAUAAAGUUAAACCUGUGGCCAACGUGCUUUAAAAAGUUUUAGGAUCGUUAGAGAGCUGCGUUGCUCAUAAAUUCUUGCUUUAAAACCAGUAUUUAUGGUCUUCUGUAACAAAGCGGUCAAGCAGCACAUCAAGUAAACAGCAAUGAAAUAUCGCUAGGAAAACUAACUAUGACAAACCUGUGUUUCUAAGGCUGAACUGGGAAACUACUGGAUUGACUAGCCGCGUUGCGUUGUUCGCGAGCGCGACUGUGGAGAGAUUCACAAACCUGUUUAAACUGGAUGAACUAGAUGAGAGUUCCAAGUUGACCAAGGAAGAGCACAGCCGAUACCUCACGAACACGCACGAGGAAGAAGAUGCGUUUAUCGGACAGAUGGACCGAGAGGCGACUCUCACGCUCGGGAAACUGUCGGCCGAUGUGGAGAAUUUUACGCUGAGAGAGCUGAAGCAGAUUCACAGGCGUUCACGAGUGGCUAUCGAGGCUGGAAUGACAAAUAACUUGCAUGUUCACAAGCAUAUUAUCAAAUUGUUGGAAAGUCAUGUUGUGUUUGAUUCGGAACGGCAUCAAAUGCGGUUGUUAGAUAUCGCUCGGAAAGAAGUGAUAGCAGGUUACAAAACAGCGUUAGAGCGCUGCUCCACUUCUCAUGACAGGCUCAGAGACGCCGAAAAACAAAGAUUACAAGCUGAGGAGGAUUACAUCGAAGCUGUGAUGGUAUUGAAUCGAGCAGAGCAAGAGAAAAAGAAAGUUAUAGCCGUGAUUGAAACCCAACAAGAUGGCGGGAGUAGAAGGAGGACGACAUCCAUGUGAACGGAGCAAAAGUUUAUGAGAACGCCGUAUCUGUAUCGUAAUUGUCUAUUUCGUGCAGCACUUGGUAUAGUUCAAUGCUUUCAAUAGAGAAAGUGGGCGCACUGGAACUUGAUUUAAAAGUCAACAACUGUUGUUUAGUCUCGGAGAGUUAGAGUUCGACUGUCUUUGCAGAGAGCGAUUUCACCAAGAGCGGGGCCAAGUUGGCCUUACAGCUGAAUAGCUUUGUAGUCUAAACCAUGCAAAAUAAUUCGUUGUCUUUUAAAGAUAAAACGUUGGUAUCGCAGGUUUUCAUCAUUUCGCCC